AGCAGGAGCCAGUUGAUAUGGUGGGGGUGACACGGCUUGAAGAACACAGAUUCGUUCUUAUCGGAAAUACAGGAUCGGGCAAGAGUGCAUCUGGGAACACCAUCUUGGGCCGAACACAGUUCCUGUCAAAGCUCAGUGCCAGCUCAGUGACCCAGAAAUGUGAGUAUGGGAGCACUGAGCUUGCGGAGGAUCAUGACCAGAGGAGACUGAGAAGAGUUAAGGUGGUUGACAUGCCAGGCUUCGGAGAUACUCGCCUCAGUAUGGAGGAGAUUCAUACAGAAAUCGCUAAAUGUCUGUCUCUCUCUGCUCCUGGACCUCAUGCUUUUCUCUUGGUGGUGCCGAUCGGGCGUUAUACAAUUCAUGAGGACCAGGCUGUCAUCAAGCUGGCCAAAAUAUUUGGAGAGGAUGCUGUCAAAUACCACACGGUGGUUCUUUUUACCGGGGGGGAUAAGCUUGACAUGGGGAUUGAGGACUACCUGAAAGAUUCUCCUGCUGGCCUUACGAAUCUCAUUGACAAGUGUGGUGGAAGGUACCAUGUGUUCAACAAUAAUAAAAACAACAGGAAUGUAGCACAGGUUAAAGAACUCAUAGAGAAGGUGGACAGGAUGGUGAAGCAGGGCGAAACCGGGUUUUUUACCAACACUUUGUUUCAAGAGGCAGAGGCAGUCAUUAGGGAAGAGCAGAAAAGGAUGAUGAUGAAGCAGAGGCAGGAAAAAGAAGUAGCAACCAGUUGCGUAACAGAAGCUGAAUGUACUAAACAGAGGAAAUUGGAAUCAGAGGCUGACAAAAUUGAGAGAGAAGAUGAGGAAGACAAAAGAGAAAUUGAGAGAGAAGAUGAGGAAGACAAAGAAAUUGAGAGAGAAGAUGAGGAAGACAAAAGAGAAAUUGAGAGAGCAGAUGAGGAAGACAAAAGAGAAAUUGAGAGAGCAGAUGAGGAAGACAAAAGAGAAAUUGAGAGAGAAGAUGAGGAAAGCCAGCAUAGUGGAAGCAGCGAAGACUCUAGGAGUAUGUGGGAAAAGGCUGCUCUGUCUCCGAGAGUGCUGCGGUGGUUGAAGAUCUUAUUGGCUGGUGGCAUCACAGGCUUGGCAGUCGGAGUUGCCUUUGGCGUCGCCGUCCCCUUGACAGCUGCGUGCUCGGCAUUUGUUGUGGGGAAGGUUGUCGGCCUCGCUGCAGUUAACCUCGCUGGAAUCUCGGCAGCUGGGGCCGUGGGUGUCGGGAACGCUGUGGGCGCCAUAGUUGCAGCCACCUCAGGAACGACAGCAGUGGCUGUAGGGGCAGCUACAGGUGCAGUUUUGGGCGGUUUGAUGGGAGUCAGUGCUGGUUUAGAGGCUGACAGUCCAAAGGAGGCUGCUUUGAAUGCUUUUGAGGAGGUUAGUAAUGUAGGAUUGGUUGCCGUUGGGGCUGCCGUAGUUGUGGGGGCUGCCCUGGGGUCGGGCGCAGCCGUGAGUGCUGCAGUUGGGGCGCAAGGUGCGACAAGUGCUUCUGUAGCACACGCCCCGACCUCAGUUGGAGCUUUACCUGCAGAAACAGCCACUACUUGUAGUCCUACACCAGGGGCUGCUAUAGUUCAAGACGCUGUACAAGCUGCUCCUAAUGCAGCAGCAACACAUCCUAUUCGAGAUGCAGUGAUUACGAUAGGGAAUGCUGUAGCAACGGGACUCUCAGUAGGUAGUAUUGCAGUGAAAGUGGUCAGACGUAAAACCAAAGACUCAGAAAAGAAUUCUGUUAAGGUUACUUGGAACAAAUGAACACAAACAGCAAGCCUCUGACUUUCUCCAAAAUACACCAAAGACGCGGGCAGAAAUUCUAUUGAUUCCACACAUUGGAUUAAGCCUAUACAUACAAACACUAUGGUAUACUCUACUCUGUUAACUCAUGAUUUACAAGGGGGCAUUUACUUUUUCACACAGUGCCAGAUAACUUUUUUUGCCCCUUGAAUGAAUAAAAUGAUCAUUUAAGAACUCCAUUUUGUAUUUACCUUGGGUGUCUUUGUGAGAUGUUAAAAUUGACUUGAUUUUGCCAAAACAUUUAAGUGUGAUAAAUGUGCAAAAAAAUAUAUAUAUUUUUAAACCAGGAAGAGAGCAAAGGUAUUUCUAUAAUCAACUGAUCUAAUCAACUGUUGUGUCUUUAAGUAAAACCAGUCAGUUGUGCAAAAGAGGUUGGGGGCUGCUGUAUUGUGCUGAAAAAAUACAAUUGAUGUCAUUCAUUUAUUGACUUCAACUUGACUUUCAUCACGAGUGUCGACUACAAAAAAAUCUAGUCGUUCAAUGCCUUCGUUAUACAUAAUUAUCGAGUCAUCAUACGAGAUGUUUUUUUUUCUUAUACUGUAGAUGAUAGCACUUGAAAAGAAUCUUAGCAACAUAUCACAGUGUAUUGUUGGGUUUUUCAUAUUUUAAUGAUUUUUUAUAUGAGAUUGAAAAUGAACAUUGAAAUAUUGCAAAAUGUUUCAUUUGUAAAGUGAUUGAUGCGGUCCUGCGAUAAUUUUGCACUGUCUCCAGUAUUUUUCUAGAUUGUUUAAAAAAACAAAAAAAUGUAAUGGGUUGUAUUUGCUAUAUACUGUAUUGUUUACAUUCAAAUUGUCUCCUUUUUGUGAUUAAUAAUGCAAUGCCAAAUGAAAAAUAUAUGUCCUUUUCAAGACAUCUGGUCCUCUGGUGUUCUCGCUACACCAAUCAAUCUGAACUGUGCAAGCGCAAAUAUCUUUUAUAAAAAUAUUGGUGUUAUUAGGCUACACAUUAGAAGCAUUGUUUUUUUUUUUUUUUUUUUUUUUUAAUUGAUUGUUGAUAUGGCCUUGAAAUAAAAUUGCUUUCCCCCCCCCCC